AUGGCGUGUCGUGGAUUUCUGCAGUGCUUAUUGAAGCUCUUCAACCUCGCGCUCGCGCUCGUCGGCGUGCUCCUCCUCGUCUUCUCCAUUUCCCGUCUCCUUCGUCUAGAUCCGGACAUCUUCCCCCCUCCAGCACCCCCUCCGCUCCUUCCCCCUUCUCCGCCUCCGCUCACUCCCCCCACUUCUCCCCCUCCCCCACUUCACUCUCCGCCUCCUCCUCGUCACUCCCCCCCUCCGCCUCUCCACUCUCCGCCUCCCCCUCCGCAAUCUCCGCCACCGUCUCCACCUGCUCCCGCGCCGGGUCCUGCUUCCGCAAACGGUCUAAUUUCCGAAGAAACGAUCCUGCAGAGCGUGGCGUCAAGGCAGACAUUCGCGGCCACGCGGAAACUCGCCGCGGCGUUGGGUGCUGAGCGAGGCGUGUCCCUUCUCGAAAUCGACACGCGGGACGGCGCGAGUAGCAUUGCCGCACAUGACGGCGCGAGCAGCGGAGGUGGUGCUUCGGUCGUUGCUGCCCCGCCGCAGAUCGAGCUACCGCGAUUCUGGUUCAUCUACCUCAUGAUUGGAGUGGGUGCGUUUCUCACGCUUGUGACUUUAGUGGGUGCCAUAGCCGCGGAGACCAACAGCACGUUCUGUCUCGCAUUCUAUCAGUUCGGUCUGUGUCUUCUGAUACUGUUCGAGUGCGUCGCAACAGCACUCAUUUGGCUUGAGGACGUGCCUGUCGACCCGACAGGCGAGUACGACACGUACCAACGCUACGUCCUGGCGAACCAAGACAGAAGCAGGCUGGCAAUGGCUGGCCUCGUGCUCAUUGAGGUAGCGGCACUGCUGGUCGCGAUGAUGCUACGUGCGGCACAGGACGAUGCGAGCCAGGCAGAGGAUGACGACGAUUACAUCACAGGAGGCAUGGGUCGAGGAAUGGGAGGAGGAGCAGGAGGAGGAUUCGGAGGAGCGGGAGUAGGAAUCGGAGGAGGCGGAGGAGGAGGAGGAGGUGGAGGGCAGGGUAGGCUGCGUCAACCACUUGUGUAUCGUGGCGCUUACCCCACGGCUCCGGCUUAUCCUACUGCCGUGGGGGCUGGGGUGGGAGGAGCGGUGGGGAGUGGUGGAGCAGGGCUGGGAGGUGUGUAUCAUGGUGCAGGGGCUUCGGGAGUGGUGGGAGGAGGUGUAGGGGCGGCGGGGCAGACGCAUGUGCCGCUGACUGAUGCUUGGCGACAGAGACUGCUGGAGAAGUAUGGUUUGGACGCGCAUGAUUUCAACUACGGACCACCUCCAGGCCAUUCCCAAGCCGCUGCCCCUCCCCCAUCUGCCCCUCGCUCCUCAGGGUGUUCCAUGAUAGCAGCGAUGGCGACGCUAACGGUGACAGCAGCAGCUCCAGUGACAUCUGCGACUCGUCAUCGACUUCUGCUACGCGGAUCGCAGCGGAUAGUACCUUUCUUUUGUGAAGCGCCAAACCUCCGCCUUUCCUUGCCCCGUUCCCCUCCUGCGCGCCGACUUGCGGUUUCCGCGUCCUCCUCCUCUUCCGCCGACUCCUCGCUUGAUUCCUCCGAUUCCUUCUCCCCCACCUCCACUUCCGCCUAUGCCACCGCUCCCCCGCUACCCCACGACUUCUCCCCGCGCCCUCUCCCCUUCGACCCGCAGCUUCUGCGCGGACUGAAGCUCAUAUGGGCCGCGGAGCCCGCGCAAGGGCACCACAUGGAGGGCCAUCCGGAGAGCAACGAGCGUGUGGUGGGAGUGAUUAAGGAACUGCAAGACUCUGGACUCACAGAACAGGGACGUCCUGGCGAGUUGCUACAUCUCUCGUCGUUCCUCCCGGCCACGCCCCUCGACAUCUCUGCAGUUCACAGCCCCAAGUACAUGCGCGCCUUCGAACAGUCCAUGGAAGCAGCAGCAGAUGAGGGACUUGUGUAUCUAGACGGCUCCGGACCGACUUUUGCCACUGUCACGACCUUCAGUGACACGUUGAGUGCAUGUGGUGCGGGCCUCACACUCAUCGAUGCUCUCGUAGAAGCAGAGAAGAUCAACCCAACAGCGGCCCCACCAGCGGGGUUCGCCCUGGUGCGCCCGCCCGGGCACCAUGCGGUGCAUUCAAGCGCCAUGGGCUUCUGUCUCGUGGACCACGUCGCUGUGGCAGCACGGUACGCGCAGAGCAAGGGGCUCAAGCGCGUGUUCAUAUUGGACUUUGACGUGCACCAUGGCAACGGCACGCACGACCUGUUCUACAAUGAUCCGGACGUGUUCUUCAUGUCCACGCACCAGGAGGGGACAUAUCCUGGCACGGGUCGGUUGGAUGAGGUGGGGCAAGGGGCAGGCGAGGGCACAACUAUAAACAUUCCGCUGCCCGGAGGGGCGGGAGAUCUUGCCAUGGCAGCCGUUGUGGACCGGCUUGUAGCACCGGCUGUAGCACGGUUCAAACCAGAUAUUAUUCUGGUGUCCGCUGGGUAUGAUGCACACUAUCUAGAUCCCCUGGCAUCUCUUCAGUUCCGCACCUCCACCUACCACCGUCUCGGCCAACAACUUUCGCAACUCGCUCGACAAUACUGUAACGGCCGCCUAGUUUUCUUCCUCGAGGGCGGUUACAAUGUGAAGGCGCUUGCAGGAUCUGUAGCUGACACUGUUCGAGGGGUUAUUGGGGAUGAUGUGAUGGCGUCUGGAGGUUUAGAUGUAGACGAGGCGAUCUAUGAAGAGCCUGAAAGCAGGGUGGAUGAUGUGAUUGAGCAUUGUCGUAGCAUUCACUCUCUGUAA